UGACCUGGAUUGUGAGCUUCCAGUACCAACCAUGAAUCUGUUGCUGAUCACCGUCAGCGCUGCCCUUCUGGUGGGAUCCUCCAGUGUAAAUGGCGGCGUGAUUCACGGAGGAUUCUCCGGUGGCUCCAUUGGAGGACUUGGAGGAUUUGGCGGCUUAUCCCACGGUGGAGUUGGCUUGUCCCAUGGUGGAUUGGGAGGAUUAGGUGGUGUGGGUUCAUUUGGCAUUGGCCGUGGUAUCGGACUAGGAUCUGGUCUUCAUGGUGGCGGCAUCGGGCUUGGUCAUGGUAUUAGGCUUGGAUCUGGGCUUUAUGGUAGAAGCAUUGGACUUGGAUCUGGGCUUCAUGGUGGAAGCAUUGGACUUGGAUCUGGGCUUCAUGGUGGAAGCAUUGGACUUGGACGUGGCAUUGGGCUAGGAGCUGGUGUUUAUAGUGGAGGCAUCGGAUUUGGACGUGGCAUUGCCCUUCAUGGUGGCGGCAUCGGGCUUGGUCGCGGCAUUCAUGGUGGCGGCAUCGGGCUUGGUCGCGGCAUUCAUGGUGGCGGCAUCGGGCUUGGUCGCGGCAUUCAUGGUGGCGGCAUCGGGCUUGGAUCUGGUUUUGGUAGCGGCCUGUAUGGAGGAUUAUACGGCCGCAGCUAUGGGUAAGAAUGAAAACUUGUAAUCUAAAGUUUUCGACAGUAUUAAAGAUCGACAGAAUAGGCUCCCUGAAGCCUAAUUGCUGAUACUGUAAUAUACACACACACAUAAAGCUUUUCAUAAA